GUCUCUUUUAUUUAUUUAUUUUUGUUUGUUUUCUUUUCGUCUGCAAUAGUUCCUUGCCUUGUUCGGCUUUAACUUAUUAUCAAAGAUAUUGAAAAAGUGGCUUUUCUGCUCCCAAACGUCUCACUCGGUGAAAUUAAAAAUACUUUGCUCAAAUUGAUAAUUACUUCCAGAAAUUACAGGAAUUCAAUUGAAACAGAAAAGAACAAGAGACAAGGAGGCAGAGAGAGAGAGAGACAGGCAGAGAGUAGAAAUGGAAGCAGAGAAGGGGAUGGAGGUAAGAGCGAUGGAAGCAAUAGGAAAAGGGUUUGAUUUAAGCAGUGAUUUUAAAUUGAAAUAUGCUAAAGAAAGGCUGUUAAAGGUUGAUGAUCAUAACAAGAGAGAUAUUAUAGUCCCUGGUGCUGCUGCUGUUACUAUUCCUAAUGUUCCUCAGGAUAUUCAGUGCGAUAAAGGCGAUCGAAUUCGCUUCAAAUCUGAUGUUCUCGACUUCAAUCAGAUGUCAGAGCUACUUAAUCAAAAAUCUUCCAUACAAGGAAAGAUUCCUUCAGGCUAUCUUAAUACUAUUUUUGAUUUAACUGGAGACUGGUUUCGUGAUGCUUCAGACACCAAAUAUCUUGCUUUUGAUGGUUACUUCAUCUCAUUGUACUACUUGCACCUAACAGCAUCUCCUCUAAUACUGCAACACAAAGUAAAGAAGUCUGUUCCCCCUCGUUGGGAUCCAGCAUCUUUGGCUAGGUUCAUCCGGACAUUUGGCACGCACAUAAUAGUAGGGAUGGCUGUUGGAGGUCAAGACUUAAUUUGUGUGAGACAGAAACCUAACUCGCCAAUUCCUCCUGCCGAGCUUAGAAAGCAUUUGGAGGAUCUUGGAGACUUUUUAUUUUCAGAUAGAAGAAGCCCGAGCCUAUUACAGAGGAAUAUAAGAGAUAGUAAUCACAAAGUUCCCGAGGUCUUUAAUCGCAUUUUGCAGUCAAAUACCAUGCAAUUGACCAGCAUUACAGAAACAUCAAGCAAAGAUGGCCUCACUAUCGUUUGUUCAAAAAGAGGAGGGGAUGUGUUCUCACACAGUCACUCCAACUGGCUCCAGACAGUACCUAUUAAACCAGAAGCAAUCCUCUUCAAAUUUGUACCUAUUACUUCUCUUCUUACCGGGAUUCCAGGCAGUGGUUAUCUUAGUCAUGCAAUCAAUUUAUAUCUGCGUUAUAAGCCUACUCCAGAGGAUUUGCAGUACUUCUUGGAAUUUCAAGUUCCAAAGCAAUGGGCACCUAUGUUUUGUGAGCUGCCUCUACGACAUCAAAGAAGAAAAGCUUCUAGCCCUUCUCUGAGAUUCAGCCUUCUGGGUCCAAAGAUAUAUGUUAGCUCUACCCAGGUCUCAUGCGAUAAAAGACCUGUGCUUGGUCUCCGCUUGUACUUAGAAGGGAAGAAAUGCAAUCAACUAGCAUUACAUCUACAGCACCUGUCAAGCCUUCCAAAUACCAUGGCCUUUCCUUCAACAGACACCACCACAUGCAGGCCAUGCCAAUGGCGAGGUUCUGAUGAUUAUCAAUUUAGUGACCAGUUCCUGGAACCAGUUAGAUGGAAGCGAUAUUCUAAGGUGUGCACGUCUGUUGUUAAGCAUGAUCCCAACUGGUUGCAGGGAGAUUCAGGGGGCGUUUUUAUUGUGACAGGAGCACAGCUCCUGAGUAAAGGGAAGUGGCCAAAGACAGUACUCCACCUUUGUCUUCUGUUCACUCACUUGCCAAAUUGCACCAUCAGGAAAACGGAGUGGGCUGCUGCACCAGAAGCAUCUCAUAAGUCGAGUUUCCUCACUAAUCUGAGCACAACAUUCACAUUCACUCAGCGAACCACCACUGCUGGUCAAGGAAAGCAACCUCCAGCUGCUCUCAACUCUGGUGUAUAUCCGGAUGGUCCUCCAGUUCCAAUUCGCUCUGGAAAACUGCUUAAAUAUGUGGAAACAGCUGAGGUUGUGCGAGGUGCGCAUGAUGCUCCUGGACAUUGGUUAGUAACAGCUGCUAAGCUAGUAACUGAGGGCAGCAAGAUAGGUUUGCAUGUGAAGUUCGCAUUGUUAGACUAUCCAUGAACUUGUGCAUAUUGUGGAACUCAGCUAUGCUCUUUUUCUUUUUCUUCUUUUUUUUUUUUUAAUUUUUUUUUUCUUUUCUACAUUUAUAACAUUCUUUUCCGAGUAGGUGUGGCAUUUGAGGGAGUUGGCCAAUAGUUUGUACAGAAGAAAACGGCAGAGAAGUGUUUUUAUAUGGUUGAGGUGACUUACAAAGUUGCCUUUUGGUUUGUAAGAAUGGGCAUUGCCAUUUGUUUUCUCUUUGGAGCUGAGGUAUUGUCUCGUACUGCAGAAAGUUGUGAAAUAAUUAAGCCUGAAAUUAAUUAAGCAUCA